AUGGAUUCUUAUAACAAUUUUCUAAUAAAGCUUCAAUUGAUCGAAGUUCUUUUCAUCGCUUCCGGCAGAUUCCUGCACAUGUCAAUCCAGCUCCCUGUCAAUACAAUUUUUAGCCCGACCUGCCUCAACUUCGUUACAAUCUCAACUCUUCAGGCACCCGGCCAAGAAACGAAGAAGUGCAGUUAUCUAAGAUCGGGUUGGGUGCAGAGCACUUCAGCGAGGAUGAGCAACUUCUUAUCUUCGUCCCCUCUUUCUCUAUUCCGAAACAGCUUCUUGUGA